AUGAAAAUCGCUGACAUCACAGCCCUAGCCAUGCUGCCCUCCACUGGCUUGGCAGCUUGCGGCACCGCUUACUCGGGCAGUCAGGUCGAUGGUACACUACUCCGUGCUAUCGUGCUUGAUUUGGGCACCGACGCCGCCAACGUCACUGCAACUCAAUACGACCAGUACUUUGAGCAAGGGAGCGCUCUCGAGGGUGUCAAGGCCCUUAUCGCCGCCGGUCAGUUUUAUGUCAACCUGUGGGCUAUCCCAGGAACCGAGGCCAUCUUUCAGAACGCCAGCCAGUGCGUGAGCGACGGCUACCUGAUCAAUCAAGUGCCUUGGUUGUAUUACAACACUACAACCGCGAGUUGGUGGGGUGGUUAUGAGGCUGAGACCGAGGCCGAUAGCUACGACGCCGCCGCCCUUUCCCUCGUCACAAACAUUGUUGCAGGUCUCGAGGUGCGCUUCUGGGAUACCAACGGUGAUGGCUACACUGACCUCAUCGAUGCCGAUUACCUCGAGGGGGUCACCAUCGACACCAUUACGCAAAACGCCAAUGGCACCUAUUCGGUCUACCGCGGUAAUAUCGACGUCGUUAACAAGACUCCCUAUGAAGGUACUAUUUUCGACGCCGACCAUUUCGACGGCAGUGGGACGCCUAUCCCAGCCGCCAACUUCGACACUAGUAUCAAGUCGGGCGACGUCGCUCUCUUCUGGUACGGCCCAAAUGGCUGGGCCAUGAAGCGCGCCCAGGAGAUCCUCGGCAUCUUCAUCGACGGCGCUGACCACACCGAUUACGAUGUCGGCGGCGUCGUCUACGAAGAUGCUAUGCGUUUCUCCCGCGACAACCUACCUAUCUCCAACCGACCUGGUGAAUUCACCGACGCCCAGAAAUUCUUCGGAUUGACCAACGACACGGCCGCGGGUCUUAACGUUAGCCUCUGGCUCGUGCCCGUCACCAAUGCCUCGGACUUUGGAGGUCCCGUUGGUAUGACGAGUGCCGGCAACUCAGGCGCGUUCCUUACCCGGGCCAUUGCCCAGGCUCAAGCCCAGCUAGCCAAUGCGACUAUCAGUACCGACGGCUCAGACGUUUCCUCUACCAAGCAAUGGGUCACCCAAGACGUCUAUACCCAGCUUGAUGAUGCCAUCACACGUGCCAACUCGGCGCUUUCUUCUGCUAACAGCUCGGCCGUCCUACUUGACUACCAGACAUACCUAUUAUACCUGAACCUGUAUGGCGGUGCUGACGAUAUUGGCGCCGUAUUUGCCGGCUUCAACUACACUGGUUUUGAGAGCGAGGAGCAGUUCGGUUCGGCUUAA